AUGCUUAAUCUACCUUUUGAUAAAUGGAGUUUAAAGUUUCACGAUCCAGAAUUCGAAUCUUCGUAUGAGGAUCACUUGAACAAGAUUAGACUGUUAUCCUUUCGCAUUCUAAACCUUACAAUAAGUAUAGCCGCCUUAAUAUGCCUUAUAACCUUCGUUAUUCAAUAAUAAACACUAUUGCUAUCCAUAAUGUUGACUUUGACAUUGAUGGGAAGUGUCACCUUAUUGAUAUUAAGCAGAAAGAUCUUGACAUACUUAAAAUCCAUAUUUUCACUCUAUUAUGUUUGGGCUAUCACCACUAACAUUCUUAUUGCUUCUGCUGGCUUCUAAAUACCUAAUUUUAUAUUCGGCUUCAACACUUGUUCUCUCGCUAUUGUUACUAUGCAAUAUAGUGAUAACAAGCUUAAAAUUGCAUAUACUAUGAUCACGCCCUUUGUGUUGAUGGGGAUUUUUGAUGUAUACAAGGUAGAAACACUAGCUUUUGUCUUUUUGACCAUCUCGUGUACCAUUAUUAUUGGAAUUUGGGGGUACAUGAAUGAGUAUACAUCUAGACUAGCUUUUUCUCUGAAUCUCAUUUCUAAUAAGCAAAAAGAUUUGAUCAAUGAAUUUGUGAAUGAUGCUAUGUUUGCAGUAAGCUUAGACAAUAGAAGUCGACAGUUUGUUCUAGAAUUUCAGAAUAAUAGGUUUGUAGAACUAAUGAAUAUAAAGGAAACAGAAUAGAUAAAGACAUUUUUGAGAUCGACAUUUAUUCUGUUGAAGUAGAAUGAGAAUUAAAAUAAAUAGAGAGACAGGAAUUCAACAAAAGUGUUGAAUUUGGAAGAAGUUUUGUUUCAAAGGAUUCAGAGUUUUGAAAAAUCGUUUAAUUACAAAGAGCAAAAGGAUGGCUUGUUAGAAAUUUAUUAACAAGAUUUGAUCAACAAUGAAACCAAGAAGAUGUGUUUAUAAAUCAGAUUUCUUAAUUUGGGCAAACCUAUUAUUAUUGCCAUUAUAAAAUCAGAAUAAGUUCCCAAAUUGAUUCAUAAAUACGAAGGCUAGAUUAAAGAAUAUCAAAAGGUCAUAAUAAGUAUGUCUAAUCAAAUAUUAAAAAAAUAAUCGAAUCUUUAUGAAGAGAUGAAGAAAAUUAGAUUUGAAAAUUAAAAGGAAUAAUAAUAAAUACUGCAAUUAUAAUGUCUUAAUUUAUCAAUUAUGAAUUACAUUAGAAAUUAUAUUUUAUUUUUUUAGAAAAAUAAAAUUACUGAGAUGAAGUUAAGUCUUUAAAAUUGCAAAUUUCAUCAAUAUAUCGCAAUAAUUAAUUAAUAUUUUCAAGCUCUAUCCUCUCAUUAUUCAAUGAAAUUUGCACUUCACAAUUAUGUAGAUCAAAACUCCUCUAUUAAUAUUAAUAUUAAAUAUCUCACUCAAAUCUUAAUUAAUAUAUUUGAUGAGUUGAUUAGGAAGGAUAUCAAAAAUAAUCAGAUAAAUCUCAGGAUAAUUGAGGAAUUCUAACAACAUGAUAAUGAGAAAAAAUAGCCUCCCUUAGAAACGGAAAAUAACAAAUAAAAUGAACAACCUGUAAAAGAGUUCAAAUUGGUUCAAUUCACAUUCUUCUUUUUAAGCGAUGAACCCCUUAAUUUAAAGAAUCUCAACUUCAAUAAGAGUACUUAUAAAAACGAUAACAAUAAUCCUUUUGAGGAUGCUUAAAUAAUAUCUGAAAUCACGCAUUUACUUUUAGAUAACAUCGGUCCUCAUAGUAACAUAUCUAUUAAUCGAUGUCAACUUACGUAGAUGCCAACAUUUUAAAAUACUAUUUAAUUUAUAAUAUAUUCAGAUUCAUCCUCAUUGGAGCCAUCAUAUUAUAAAGUUCGUGAGCAAAUUUUAUUUGAUUGA